AUGGGGGUCACGGCCUUUAGUACGGCGUUCUUCCCGAGGGUGCCGCCGGAAACAAUCAUAGAUACGGCCAACCUGUUCAUGCACCAGGGCGGGGGAGUGGAUGUCAUGGCUGCCCUCAAGCCGUAUCUUCCGCUCCUGGUUGCCAUGGGCGUCCUGCUUGUUCUUCCCUUUGUCCUCGGGCUCUGCUUCAACAUUGCGCUCGUCUGCAUAGCCCCCUGCCGGUGUAGCCAGUGCUGUCGCAGAUGCUGCCACCGGAAGCUGGAGAUGGAGCAGACAUCCAGCAAGUACCGCUGCUGCUGCUUCUACACGGGCCUCGCUGCCAACGUCAUCGGCCUCUGCGGAUGCAUCGGGAUGUUCGUCGCCGUCUCCCAGCCCUUCAUUGGCAUGGACAACAUGUUCCGGGUCGUGGCUCGAACGACCGAUCGCGUCUACGAUCUGGCUUCGGACACCAUUAGCACCUCAGACAGUCUUAUAAACGCGCUCAUCUCGAGCUCAGAUAAUAGUUCCAUUUCCCCAAUCUCCAAUAUCUUGAAUAAAACAGCAGACGAGGUCAGCGAGUACAUAAGCGCGAUUUCCAAGAGCUGCACGCUGAGGGUGGUCUCUGAUGUCUUGUCGCAGAAUUCCUCGCUGGCAGAGGGGGUCAGCACCAUCCUUCUGCCGCCUGCGUCCCUACCCUCGUUGAGUGCUAUCACAGAUUUCUCAGAUAACAUACAGAAAAACUUAGAUUUAUUGUUGAACACAAAGACGCAAGAAUCAGUAAAGAAGAGUUUAGAAGGCAAGCAAAAUUAUGGCAACUUCUCUAUACGAUCAACGCAACCUCCGUCUCCACCCGAUGACACGGCAAUCUCCGAGGCCAGCUACAAGAACAUCAACAAGAAGUCUCUUAUUGGCGGGGCUGUCUUUGCGGCCAAUUCUAUCACCAACGGGAUAGCGAAGUCGCUAGAUAAGCAGCAACCACCAGGUCAAGGAAAUUGGCAAACUAUCAUUGAAAAGGUGUGCAAGCAGGUCUUUAAGGAUAACUCAGGAAAUAAUUAUUGCACAACAAAGUCCAGUGUUGCUGCUGCCUCCGAUUCACCUAUUGACAGAGCAGAUCUGAAUGUCCCGGUCAACAACAACCCCGAAAUAGUGAUAAAGUUCGUUAUAGACUCGUUAAGGCCGAAGGCGUCUGGCAAACAGCAGAGUAAGGAUGACACACAACUACUCGUUGACUUGCUUGAAGUACUCAGCACGAAGACGCAAACCGUGGGGGACAUAGUCCGGAGGGCGUGUGGCAAGCCGGCACUUAAGGGCAAGCUAUCGUGGUGUGCGUCUGCCACGCGGGCCGAGGGAGGACCAACAGACGAAGAGCUCGCCAGAUCUAUCAGCGACCAGCUGAACCUGCCUAAGCUCGCAACCGAUGCCCUGACACAGGUCUCCAGCUUCUCCAAGUACAUCAACUACGUGCUGCAACUCCACGACCACAAGGAGCAGAUGACUGCGCGUGCUCUGUUCGACGCCUUCAUAAACAACGGGGCCUGCCCCGGUUACAUAACAGACCUGCCUGUAGAAGGCGGUGCGUUGGACUCGUUGAAGAAUUGCAAGCUCUCUGGGUUUGAUCCGGCAACGAUUCCGCCUGCUGGCCGCAAUUACGUUCUGAUAUCGAUGGCCCCUUUCUUGCUCGCCCUGGCUCUUCUCCUCGUCCCAAUCGGGACGUUCAUUUGCGGGAUCGUGGGCGCUGCGCGCUUCAAGACGAGGUGCGCUGGCUGCUCUUUGUGCUGCAACGGGUGCGUUGUUUGCUGGGUGUCGCUUUUCCUGAUGCUGUUCGGGAUCGUCGCGGUGGUUCUGCAGAAGUUCGCUCUGGAGUACUAUUCGGGGCUCCUCACCAACCCAGACAAGCUUCUGCGCAACAACUACGACACCGUCCUCCAACUCCUCAAAGACAACGGAGUCAUAGGAGACCCUGCGCCGGUCCAGCUGGACCUGGGAUCCUUUGUGCUCCGGCACACGGGGCACCCCGACCUAGCCUACACAGCCCCGUCGUCCGCCGUGCUGGAUUACACCACAUACGAUGCUCUCCGUAAGAGCCUCGCCAACGUGACAGCUACCGUUGCCGUCGGAAACCUGCCGAGCAUGUUUGGGAUUCCUGCCGAACCUGACGACAGCAUGGCCUCUCUGAGCCUUUCCACGAGGGUGGAUACAACUCGCAUGUCCAUCAAAGACCUCCUCUAUUACAACAAGAAGGGUGGAGGGAUCCUCGAUAUCCUCGGCUUGCCGGAUCUUUUGGGCGGGCUCCAAGGACUGCUGCCCGCGGUGCUACCCGAAGCUAUCAACCCCCGCUCCAGCCUCUCACAGUACCUCGAGACCUUCAUUGUUCCGGACAUUGAUCCGUUUCUUAGCGGGAUUAGGAACGCGUUCCUCAGUGGCGAGCUCUCGAACGCCGUCCUGUUCGGGGACUUCUCUGCAGGGCACAAGCUAUAUAACGACACAUACUCCAGUACAGAAAAGCGCACAGCUUUGUACGGAGAUGUUGAUGCAUCUGCUCUGGCUGCCAUGAAUGUCACAGCGCAGGUUGAGGCCUAUAUCAGAGGCAUUUCCUCCAGCGCGAACUAUAGCGCCCUGUCCCUCGAAGCCAGUGCCAAAGCCGUUAGGGGCCAGAAGGGGAUAGUCGCAGAGUGCCUUUCCAUGAUUCACUUUCUGGAUACUUUGGUCGCUAUGACAAAGUGCCCCUCGGUGACCUUCCUUGCCGAUAACCCCGUCGAUAAGAAUCUGUGUUCACAGGGCAGUAUUAAGAGCACAAUGCAGAAGAUAAGAGCCGAACUAACCAACCUCAAGACUUCGUGUCCAAGCAUCUCCACUAGCCUGUCCUCCAUCGUCCACGGGUCUCCAUACCCAGACCUCGUUGGAAACCUGUGCACGAAGAUCCGCCCAGGUGACACCGUAGAACAGACCUCCAUUUGCGUCUCCAACACAUACGCAGCCGUGCGAGACCUCGUGUAUGCGCUUCAGGAAAAGGGCUUCCAGACGAUUGGCUGGAAUGCUGCGAGCAAUCCGAACGAUGGCUCCAGCGGGGCACUAGAUGUGGUGCUAGACACAACAAGGGUCUAUGAGCGGUUUGUGGAUGUGUUUAAAGAUUGGAGUAGCUUUUCAACCGAUGAGGUCAGCUUCAUAGAUGCAUACACAGAGCUGCUCAACGCUGUAGUCUCCCCUUUGUCCAUCCUCUUAGAUAUCAUCGAAGCAAACAUGGUUUCGAAGAACCUGUCCGGAGGAUUGUACCCGCGGUUUUCUCAGCAUAUGUACGACACGCUUUUGAUGGAGCUUGGAAGUACCGUCAACAAGCACGUGAUAGAGCCGCUCGACGUCCAGCUCAAUAGGCUCCUGGACAUCCUGGCAGGGCCCAAGGGCUUGGCGACUCCCUACGUAUUAGAGGUGGUCCCCGAGAGCAUUAGGAGCCUGACGCUGGGGACGGGGCUCUUGGAGACGUUCGGAGCCAUCUUCUUCUGCCAGUACCUCAUCUGGGCCGGGCUCUUCUUCGGUGGAAUAUGCCAGAACGUCACGUUCAGGUACCUCUAUAGUAUGGAGUUCAUGCGCUCGAAGGACUACAAGGAGACGAUGAUCGAGGUUAGCAUGAGUGUGGUGUCAUUGACCGAUAGCGAGCUCUUCCCCAUGAUAUCAGAUUGCACGGCGACGGAGAUGUCUGUGAGCCGUGUCUACGACCCCGUGGAUAGCACCACCAGUAUCUUCACUAAGAGCGGCCAGCUUUCAAACAACGGGGACUGCUGGGACUUUAGAAAGUAA